AUCGGCGUGUGUUUGUGGGGACGGGUAGUUGGAGUAAGGAGUCGCCGGGCGGCAGUGCAUCUCAAACGCUUUUUGGGGAAAGAAACGCCGCUGAAAAAUUGCACCGCAAACUGAAGAAACGACCCCCGGUGACGGCUUCUGUGAAAUAACUGAACGCAACGACUGCGCCACACGCACAACCAACAAACGCAGCCAGGCUAUCACAUGCUAGCCAGCUAGCAUCCCUCAAAACUGACGGGAUCAAGGUGUUGAUAGCUAGCCUCCCAGCUAAUUAUCCAGCAGCUAGCAUCCUCCUGCCGUAGCAUCAUUAGCUUGCUUUUCCUCCUCGCGCAGACUUCACCGUUGCUCGUGGCGGUGCCUUUUCAGCUCGCGAGCACCAAACCCCACAAUCAAACAAAAACAGAAAACGGAGCUUCCUAACUAGCUGCUGCUGGAAACGGCGUCUGCGUUGCAUUAGUUAGUUGACACCAUCACACCCAUCUCCCCAACCCCUUCACCUCUGCCCCUCUGCCUCCACCCGAAACACUGGAAAUCCACAAGCGGCCGGAGAGCGGCGAAGGGCCGGCGAAGCUGGGGGUGGUAACGUUACAGGACUCGCCGGGAGUCGUAACGGCUACAGACAAGCUCAGCCGUGGGGACCUACCGACAAGUAUGGACGGGCUGGCCGUGGAAGUUCGCGGCUCGAAUGGGGCCUUCUACAAGGGUUACAUCAAAGAUGUCCACGAAGACUCACUCACAAUUGUUUUUGAAAACAACUGGCAGCCAGAGAGACAGUUGCCCUUCAGCGACGUGCGGUUGCCUCCUCCAGCCGACUACCACAAGGAUAUUGGCGAAGGAGAGGAGGUGGAGGUUUACUCAAGGGCAAACGAACAGGAGCCUUGUGGCUGGUGGCUGGCCCGGGUCAGAAUGAUGAAGGGAGAGUUCUAUGUGAUUGAAUACGCGGCAUGCGACGCCACAUACAACGAGAUUGUCACAGCAGAACGCAUCAGGCCCCUCAACCCCAACAGCCCAUCUUCUCGAAACUCCUUCCACAAGGUCCCUAUCCCUGUCCCCGAAGACCUGAGGGACAUCUGUGAAAAUGACAACAUUCACAAAGACUUCAGGAAAGCUAUCGGAGCCAACUGCAUCUUCUACAGUGCCCAAUCACACGAACUCAUUGUACUGUCUACAAAUGAAACCACAGUAAAGCGUGCAACUCUCCUGAGUGACAUGCAUUUCCGCAGCAUCCGUACCAAGCUUAUGCUAAUGUCCCGCAACGAAGAAGCCACCAAACAUCUGGAGACAAGUAAGCAGUUAGCAUCUGCGUACCAGGAGGAGGUGAGGGUCAGGGAGGACCUGAUGGGCCUCGCCAUCGGCUCCCAUGGUGCCAACAUCCAGCAGGCAAGGAAGGUACCUGGUGUCACAGCUAUCGAGCUGGAGGAGGAAAGCUGCACAUUCAGGAUCUACGGAGAGACUCCAGAGGCAGUAAAGCAGGCUAGAGAGUAUCUUGAGUUCAAAGAAGACUACUUUCAGGUACCCAGGAACCUUGUAGGCAAAGUCAUUGGCAAGAACGGCAAAGUCAUCCAGGAGAUUGUGGACAAGUCGGGCGUGGUCCGUGUCAGGAUUGAGGGAGACAACGACAAAAAGCUUCCCCGGGAGGAGGUAGGCAGGCAGGGGGCAGGCAGGGACGACACUGCCAGCAGCAAAGAGGGCAUGGUUCCCUUUGUGUUCGUGGGAACUAAAGAGAACAUCAGCAAUGCCCAGGCUCUGUUGGAGUACCACGUGUCCUAUCUCCAGGAAGUGGAACAGCUGCGCCUCGAGCGUCUCCAGAUUGACGAGCAGCUCCGUCAGAUCGGGGUGGGGUACCGCGCACCUCCUAGCCGAACUGGGGGCCCCGGUGUUGAACGGGAGAAAGGGUACUUGACAGAUGAGAGCAGCAACUCACUCCACACCUCUCGCACCUAUGGAGGCCGCGGCAGAGGGCGUCGGGCCUCCAACAGCCAGUACUCUGGAUAUGGCACAAACUCUGAAUUGUCUAAUGCUUCUGAGUCAGAGGACGUUGCUGAACGAGACCAGCGGCCCCGUGGCAUAGGCGGCGACGAGAGAGGUUCCCGACGGGGUGGCAGGGGCCGAGGCUCUAACUCGGGCAGAGGCCGUGGAGGGCCUGGUUCCAAGCCUUCCAACUCCAUCAGUUCAGUGCUGAGGGACCCAGACAGUAACCCAUACUCGCUGCUGGAGGGCGAAGGAGAGCUGGCUGAUGCAGACAUCAGUGAAGGCAUGGGAGGAGAUCGGCGCAGACGCUCCCGACGUCGCCGCAACGACCAGGAGCCCAGCGUGAUGGACGCCGCUGCAGAGUCAGACGGCCAGGCCGGCCCCAGUGAGAACGGACUGGACGAAGAAGCACGACCUCAGCGCCGCAACCGAAGCCGCCGCCGCCGUAACCGUGGCAACCGCCCAGAGGGAGGUUCAGCCAGCCGUGACAGACAGCAAGGUGACAGUGUGACUGUUGCUGACUACAUAUCCCGUGCUGAGUCCCAGAGCAGACAGAACCUGCCCCAGAAGGAAAACCAUGCUGGCCCUGAGCCCAAGGAGAACGGGACCAGCGCCACGAAGGAUGAGCGAACACCCUCCAAGGGUUCCCCCAACAAAGGCAUGAGCUCGGCCAGCGAGACCCUGACCUUGGUCAACGGGGUCUCGUAAAGAGACGGCCUUGCCCCUCGCGAACCCAAGUCUAGAGCAAGACUCCAUGGCAAACUCUGUCCCUGCUUGCAUUAACUUAAACCUUAAACAGAUGAGUGAAAAGUACCUGACAAAAUACCUGAAUUCAUACUAUGAGAGUGAAAAAGUACAAAAAAACGACAAACGCAUCUACUUAAAAACACACGUUAACGGUGUAUGCUAUCCUAUCUAUCAGUACUUAGUGCUUAUUUAAAAAAAACAACUAGCUUGCCAAAAAAGAGCUGGUGGAUAUGACUUGAUUUUUAAAAAUACUGAAAUACAAGAAACAGGACGAGACUUUUUUUGUUUUGUUUUUGAAACGGUUGUCUUUAUUUGUGUCUUUUUUUUUUUUUUUUUUUGGUUCUGUUAAUUUUGUUCAUUGUUUAUCACUGGUUUGGACUUGGCGGUCGCUCUCUCAACCAAAACAGACGCGUCUCUUCACAGUGUUAAAGUACAGACUAGAGAGAUGUAAGCUGUAGGGAGUGGCGUACGAGCAGACAGUCCAAUAGCUUAUGUGACGCGAUGUUCGCACACUGAACCUGGGAGCGGAGACAGACAGAUUGGAAUAUUGAUAGACAUUGUGCCUUGAAUUUGAAAAAAAAAAUAUAUAAUAAAAAAAACUUCAGUUUUUCCAUUAAGUUUGUUUUUGUUUCCCAAGAGGAAAAAAAGAGGGAGAUGUGUUCUUCCAGGGUUUUUUUUUUUUUUGGUUCCAAGAAGAGAAAAGACCUGUGAGGGAGUGAUGAGUGAAAAGAGGAUACAGAAAAGGAGGGAGUGGCUGGCCAACGCGAGGAAAAACAAGUCUGGUGCCAAACACGAAAUUCAAGGCGCUUGUCCUCAUUCCGAGUAGAAUGGACAGCGUUGGGGUCAGUGCGUGCGUGUACGUACGUGUGUGUUUGUGUGUGCACAGUUGAGAUAUUUGGCAACCACAAAACUAAACUGGGAGGGGUGAUGUAAGGAAACGUAUGCAGCCCUGGGCGGGUCACACGGUGAGGCAUCUCUAUUUAUCAACAGGCCUGAGGGGCGUCUUCCUCCUCUUACCUGUUUUGGGUCUUUUGAGGGUCCAGGGUGGCUCCCACACAGCCUUCUAAACAGGACAGGCUGAGACCAGACAGACGGCAGACUUGAACUCUAGAUUUAGACUUAAAGAGAACUAUACCGUGCCUCUUUUCUCUGUGUCGGAGGGGGUGGCGGUGCUAGCUUCCAGCCACACUAGUGUCUUGACAAAAAAAAAACCACUGCAGCGCACAGCUCCGGAUGCACACGAGGGUGACCACCUUUCUGGGACAGGUGCUGCUAGUGGGGGAGGGGGCCCGGAAACUGCGGACUUGUGGGAUUGGGACAGCUUCAAAUGACAUGAGAGCCACAUGACACACAGGCCCACACUUACAGGAUACAUACAACAGGCAUACACACCAGGUGCGUGUAAGUCGUGGUCGCCCGCACAGCGCGAAGCAGGACUGCAACAGAAAACUGAACAAAACAAGCGAGGUGUCAGUCUUGUACCUGGCAGUUUGGGUUGGCAAAUGGAGUAAGAGAGGGACUCGAAAAACCUCAGUGGCUCUCUGCUCAUGUUGUUACUGUUGUCUUGGUUACCGCUCUCAAGUUUUUUUUGUUGCUAUUUCCACAUCUUAGAAAAUAUGAAAUAAAAAAUUGAAGUGAAAUCAACCUCUUCUCUGGAGACGAACUUUGAUUUCUCUGUCUUGUGAGUUUGCAGUCUAUUUUUCUAACUUGCAUGGCAUUUAGUUAACGAGUAAUUAGGUGGUGCCUGUCCUGUGCAUGAGGAAAGGGUGUUAUUAAUCUGACUUACAAAGCCAUUGUUUCAUUCACUAGAAUUGCUGCUAAUGUACACAUUGAAUGUCCAACUAACUGUAGAAACUCGACCUUGAAGAGAAAGAAACUAUUUGUGACUUCAAAAAACAUUACCCCCUCCCCUUCCCCCUCCCGCUCAUCUGCCCAAGUUUCUAUUGGUGGAUACAAGUCAGGAAGGGACCCAUUCAAGAUUCAGAGUCUCACAAAAGUAUUCAAUUUACCAGGGCAACAUUGUGCAUGACAAGCAAGCGUCCACAUGACCAAAGGUUUUGAGAGACAGAUGAAUGGGAGCGCGGUUGAGAUGACCCAGAUGCUGCUGUCAUACAUUUCUGCUCACCUGUAUGUUGUGUUUUUAAAAGAAUGAACGAGCACUUGAGUAUUUGUACCUUGGUUUCAGUUGCAUGUGUGCGAGUGGAGGACGAAGCCCUAUCUGGUAUGUUUGUGUUUACCUUUAUACCUCAUUGUGUGAGUACUGUAUAUCCUCAUGUAUCUGUAGCCCUCACGUCCUGUUGAAAGACUGCUGGCUGCUCUGUGUGUGUGUGUGUGUGUGUGUGGGGGUGUGUGUGUGUGUGUGUGUGUGUGUAUGUUUGUGUGUGUCUGUGUGGAUGCCGGUUGUACAGACGACUCCUCACUCUGUCAGAUUUUGUCUCUGGUUUUCUCACUCAUGUUCUGAUGGCAAUAAAGGACUUUUCAUUGUUUGGUAUA